ACUUUCUUAAAAUUUUACAUUUCUUGCUGUGCAGUGCGCUUGGUAAAAAAUGUUUGCUCGUUUAUUCUGUCAGAAUCUUAUAUAUACUCAAAAAAUAAAAAUAUGUUUUCGAAGUAUAUCUGUAGGUAUUUUAGGUGCACCUUUUAGCAAAGGACAACCAAAGCAAGGAGUUGACCAGGCCCCUGAUGCAUUUAGGAAGUUUGGUCUGAUUAAGGAACUACAGUCGUUAGGUCUAGAUGUGAAAGACUAUGGAAAUGUGCUAUUUGAAGAUGAAAAUGAGCUCAGUACAAAUGAUAAGCUGAAAUUUCCUUUAACAGUUGGAGCUGCUUGCAAAAAGGUUUCAAAUGCUGUGAAAGAGGUUCUUUCAGAUAACAAAAAAUGUAUAACACUUGGCGGUGACCAUAGCUUAGGCAUAGGAACUGUGUAUGGGCAUUCAUUAGUACAUGACAUGUGUAUUUUAUGGAUUGACGCUCAUGCUGAUAUUAAUACUGCGCAUACAACACCUACAGGAAAUAUCCAUGGUAUGCCAUGUUCAUUUCUGAUCACAGAACUUCAGAAAUAUCAAAAUCAAAUUCCAGGUUUUGAAUGGAUAAAACCAUGUGUGAGGAAAAGUAAUUUGGCUUAUAUAGGAUUGAGAGAUAUUGAUCCUUUUGAGAAAUUGAUAUUAACAAAAGAAGAAAUUUUACAUUUUACCAUGCGUGACAUUGAUAAACUAGGAAUAUUUGAAGUAACUCAUCGUGCUUUAGAAGCGAUAAAUCCUACGGGUAAACUGUCACUCCAUGUUAGUUUUGAUAUAGAUAGUAUUGAUAAACUAACUACACCUAGCACAGGCACACCAGUAAUUGGAGGAAUGACUGUGAGGGAAGCUUUAUGUUUAGCUGAAGAAAUUUCAAGGCAUGGUUUAUUGCAAGUAUUGGAUGUUGUGGAAGUCAAUCCAAUGAUGGGCAGCAGUGAGCAAGUUCAAAAUACACUGAAUGUAGCAACAUUGAUUAUAAAAACAUUUAUGGGUUACUCAAGGCAUGGUGUUGUGCCAAGAGAUAUAAAAGAAGUUCCUGUGGGCACUUAACUGUACAAUAUAUAUUUUCUAAAAAGAGGAUUAUUUUGAGCUAAUGUAUAAUUUCAGUCAUUAAUAAAAUUUGUUAAACAACUUGGAAGUA